AUGCAUUCAUGUUCGACAUACCCAUAUCGUACUUCUUACGCUGCUUCGGGAUCGCCACUCAGAGGAUAUCACUCACUAACGCGGCAUGACGAUAAUGUGUUUCCUUCCCUAUCAUCAGCUCGAAGUGUCUCAUCCAGAUGUCGAAGGCUAUCAUGUGCGGGCGCCGAUACGCGUUUGAAAAGUAGUGGUAGCGAUGGGCGAAAAUCACCAUCGUUUGGAUCGGGUUCUCCCGAUGGUGCAUCGCAUAUGGACUGUUCGCUUGAAUACCUGGCAGACCUAGUUAAGGAGAAAAAGGAUCUCGAAAUGUUUGGAGAUAAUUUCCAGCAUGUUGAUCGCUUACUCAGUGAGGAGAUUUCGCGAGUUCGUGGAGCGUUGUUUCAGACGGAGUUUGUCACCGAACCCUUCGACUUACCUGAGCCUAUAGGUGAUGUAGUUACUAUAACAGAAAAGAUAUACGUACCGAAGAGAGAAUAUCCUGAUUACAACUUUGUUGGACGGAUCCUUGGACCACGCGGUAUGACUGCGAAGCAAUUAGAACAGGAAACUGGUUGCAAAAUCAUGGUCAGGGGAAAGGGCUCUAUGCGGGAUAAGCGGAAGGAGGAAGCCAAUCGUGGAAAGCCGAACUGGGAGCAUUUAGACGAUGAACUACAUGUGCUCUUGCAGUGUGAGGACACAGAAAAUAGAGCGAGAGUGAAACUUCGCUCGGCUAUGGAGCACGUAAAGAAACUACUUGUGCCAGCGCCGGAAGGAACUGACGAGCUGAAAAGGAAACAGUUAAUGGAGCUAGCAAUCAUUAACGGAACAUAUAGACCAUUUCAUAAAUCUGGACUAUCCAACUCAAAUAGAAUUCUAACUCCCGUGCCGCUGGUUUCACCAAUCCGCGCCCCCAUUUUUGUUUCCCCAACAAGUAGUCCUAACAAUGUCGGUGUGCAGAAGUCGUCUAAUCCGGGAUACAUUGGGGCAGCUGCUCAGCAACCGUUUGACUACUCUUCUUUCAUGAACCCCAAUUUCCUCGAAUCCGCCCUUGCUUCUUUUCAAAUUGCCAACGAACUGCACAUCCCUACCUUUCCUACAGCAACAUCAUUGGUGAACACUUUUCCUUCGUUGUUCAUGAAUCCGUCAGCGAGCUCAGUUGCUGCCCAGGAUGCGUCCACCACAGCUUCCGCUCUCAGCCCAACAAAGUGUUUUUGA